AUGACGGGCAAAUACCCCCAGCGAAGAGGCCCCUGGUCCCCCGACGAGAGCUUCCGCCUCGUGACGCUCAUCAACAAGACGGGCGCCCAGAACUGGGUCACCGUCGCCUCCUUCAUGGGCUCCCGCAACGCCAAGCAGUGCCGCGAGCGCUACCACCAGAACCUCGACCCGUCGCUGCGGCACGACCCCAUCACCGAGGACGAGGCCGCCAAGAUCAUGGACCUGUACCACCGCUACGGCUCGGCCUGGGCCCGCAUCGCCGAGCAGCUGCCCGGCCGCAGCGACAACGCCAUCAAGAACUACGUCAACGGCCUCGUCAACAAG